AUCAGUUGAAAUUAAUUGACUCACUGCAGAAUGCACUACUUGGCACUUGGAGUUUUAGUGCUAAACAGUCUCCUGCUUAAUGUCGUCACUACUCCGUUGGAAGAACUGGAAAAUGGAGGCAACCACUGGGUAGUACUUGUUGCAGGAUCUAGUGGCUGGUACAACUACAGACAUCAGGCUGACAUUUGCCAUGCCUACCAGAUUGUACACCAGCAUGGAAUACCCGAUGAGCAGAUUAUUGUCAUGAUGUAUGAUGACUUGGCCCUGAAUGAGGAGAAUCCUACGCAAGGUAUCAUCAUUAAUCAUCCCAAAGGAAAAGAUGUGUACAAAGGAGUAGUCAAGGAUUACGUCGCAGAGAAUGUGACCCCAGAAAUCUUUUUGGCUGUUCUACGAGGAGAUGAAGAUGCUGUAAAGGGGAAAGGUUCUGGCAAAGUUUUAAAAAGUGGCCCCAAGGAUCAUGUCUUUGUUUAUUUUGCUGAUCAUGGAGCUGAUGGGAUAUUGGCAUUUCCUAAUAGUGAUCUUCAAGUUGAUGAUCUGCAAAGAACCAUUAGACAUAUGCACAAACAUGAGAAAUAUGCUAAGAUGGUGUUUUACAUUGAAGCUUGUGAAUCUGGAUCGAUGAUGUUAGACCUGCCAAGGAACAUUAAUGUAUUUGCCACUACUGCUGCCAAUGAACAGGAAUCAUCAUAUGCCUGUUACUAUGAUGAUGAAAGACAGACCUACUUGGGUGAUGUGUACAGUGUCAUGUGGAUGGAAGACUCUGACCAGGAGGACCUUAGAAAAGAAUCGCUCCACAAACAAUUCAAAAUUGUAAAGAAGCGGACCAAUACCAGUCAUGUACAAGAGUACGGAAAUCUGACACUUUCGCACAUGAAACUGAAUGCAUUCCAGGGCUCAAAGAAGGUUGACCUCCAUAUGACCCAGCCUCGAGUCAAUAUUGUGGAUGCAGUACCAAGUCCUGAUGUUCCUCUUGCCAUUCUUAAACGGAAAUAUAUGGCAACAAACGAUAUUGAGGCAGGUCAGAAGCUCUUGUUAGAGAUCGAUGCACUUCUGAAGAAUAAGCACUUAAUUCAAAAGACCAUGGAGAAGAUUGUGUCCAUUGUCACCGGUUCUGAGGAGCAAACAGCACGGAUAAUAAACUCACGAAGUCGUAUCCGUGAUCAUGGCUGCUACCAAGCUGCAAAUAAUCAUUUCAAAACUCGCUGCUUUAACUGGCACACACCACUGUAUGAAUAUGCACUGAGACAACUUUAUGCUUUAGUCAAUCUUUGUGAAGAAGGUUUCCCAGUAAAGAGUAUCCUUCAAGCCAUGGAUACCGUGUGCCUACUGAGGAGUUAAGGAGGACUGAACAAUAGGUUUCAAAAUGUUCCUUCCUUUUAAUUUGGUUGGAGUUAUGGAGACUGAGAAUAACUGAAUUGAUUUAUGUUUAAGUCUUGUUUUAAUUUGCUGUGGAAACAUUCUCUUUUCUUUUGUAUUUCUCCACCAACUACCCCCUUGGAUUUUUUUGACUUUUCAAUAUUAAUGGUUUAUAUUUUUUAGCUACUGAUUUUUUUGGUAUGAAUUUUUAAAUAGUGUGCUCAAAUUGCCUUACUGACGCAGAGCUUUUAUUUCUGUGUGAUGAUGCACUUUGUAACCGCAGAGAUUUUAUUUUCCUUGAGUGCGCUGACUGUAAAUUAAUUAUAAGGGACUGAGAUGAAGGGAAAUCACUAACUGUCACACUUGCCACUGUAAACACAAUGUUUAAUUCAAAUAAAUAAAUGAAUCUGUAAAAACAA